GAUGGAUCAUUGCUUAGGGACGAUUGCCGAGGGUUUAGUAUGUUAAAGUAAUGGUUUUACAAUAUGGUCAUGUUAUUAGUUGAGGCGCAACAUGAAUUCUGAGGUAGCUUUCGCUGUAAUUUUUUUCUCUUAGGAUAGUUUAGUUAAGUCUCAAUAUGGGAUUUAGCGGGUAUGCAGGCCGGUAGCUCUUGUUACAUUGCUGAUUAUAUAAGAUAAGAAGAUGGUUGUAUUUCUUUCUUGAUUGAAAUGGAUUAUCUCCUAUUUUUGUACACAAGCAGGAGGGUUUACCAUAGUAUGUAGAUUAUCAUAGUCGCAGAGGUAAGGGCAUCUGCCUUUCUGGCAGGAGAACAGUUACUGGAUGAUUGCCUAUUAUGUUUGUGACAGAAAUCUACUUAUCCAGAGCCUAAGGAUUUUUAAGCAUCUUAUUGCUUGUUAGUUGUGUUAUUCUCUAUUAAUCUUGAAUUUGUUUUUCCCCUUUCCAAUUCAAUAGCAUCGCUAUAGUCGUUGUAGGGGUUGAAGGUCCAAAAGUUUUCCACAGAAAACUUAAUCUUCACCUACCUUGAGGUGCAUUGCUUGAACUCCCACCCAUACCACUUGUAAUAGGAGGAGAUGCUGUCGAUGCAUGUGGGUUAGGUAUUGCCAAAAUUAAAUAGGUUUGUGAAUUCUUGUAUGUGUUGUUCUGAAUCAUUUCUCAGUUUGCUUUCUCGUCUGGGAGAAAUCUAUUUGUAAUUUGUUGAACAAUAUGCAACUUGUGCCGGAUUCUUUUAUCUAUUACCCAUUGGAUUUUAUGGCUAUUUUAGGAUUACUUAAUUUCGCAUCUGUUAUACACUGGAUUUUGUGACCAUCUCUGGCAAAACAUUUCUUCUGAACUUUCAUCCUUUUUGUACCCACUCUCAACUCCUGGCCCUCUUCCAGCCCUUGACCUCUCUGUUUUCUAUAUCUGGCGACCUCCCUAACCUCCAUUGACCACCCUGAACUCCGGCGAGCCAUUGAUGACGGCACCCAUUGGCUAUGUAGGCUCUUUUCCUCUUCUUUUAUAUUGUUGUUUGCUUUCUCUGAGAUGUUGAAGACUUUUCCUCUCAUCUUCUUUGCUGCGUGCGAUUGUUGAAGCUGGUUUUGUUGUGAGAGACCUACAAGGUAAAAGGGCUUUUUAUGGAACGAAAAUCUUUUGAGCUUGUGUUAGAGGUGGAAAAGGAGGACUUGUUAAGAGUGACGGAGUAUGCCAGAUGGAGGAGAUUGUCGAUAUACCUCUAUAUUGAGGACUUGAAAUGGUGGAUGGAUUACCAUGCACUUGUAGAACCUGGUAAAACAGGCAUAUGGGGAAUUAGAUGUCGUAGUUGGAAGAAGUACCAACCUUCCAAACAUGUGGUGGCAUUGUAGUGAUGUAGAAUGAGAAAUCAGGCAACUUAGUAGAUUGCUUAGUGGGCCAAUUUAGUGUCUCAUGCCUGUUUUGUGGUGCAGAAGUGGGGAAGAGUGGGUGUUUACUGGGGUGUAUGGUCCUGGAGUGGGUAGCACUAGGGGUUCUUUCGGGGAUUAGCUCUCUGAUAUUAAAAGUAAAUGGGGAGUGCGGGGAGAGUUCAACGUGGUAUUGUUUCCACAUGAACCGGAUGGGAUUGGUACUGAAAUAGCUUGCAUGAGGGAAUUUUGGCAGAUCUUAGACACCUUUUGCCUGAUUGGCUUGUUGUUGGUAGGUUGGGAGUAUACUUGGUCCAGGGACUGGGAGAGGCUAUCCUUUUCACGCUUUGAUGGGUUCUCAGUUUCAACAACACGGGAGGAUAUCACCCAAACUCAAGUCAAAAGUUACCUCAAGUGACCUCAGACCACCAUAUAAUUGUGUUAGAGAAUAGAGUUAUUGAAUGGGCCCCCACUCCUUUCCAGUUUGAGAGUGUUUGGCUCAAACUAGAAGAUUUCAAGUAGGUAGUUAUCAGUUACUGGAAGAAUAGUUCUUUCAGGGUGUAGGACAGCUUCACUUUUGCUUCAAAGCUCAUGGGGCUAAGAUAUAUUCUGAAACAUGAAGUCAUGAGAAGGUUGGAAAUAUGGGAAACAAUAUGAAAGAGACAAUUCAAGAAGUUGAAGAGCUUAAGGAUAAGGAGAUCCAAAUGACUUUAAUAGAGGAAGAGCAUUUUAGGAGAAUGGAAUUUAAAGAGCUCUUGCGUUGUUGAUUCAAAUGGAAGAGACCUCCUGGAGACAUAUCUCUUGGGAGAUUUAGCUUGAUGAUGAUGAGAGAAACACAAAGUCCUUUGAAAGAUGGCCAAUGCUCAUUGAAGAUAUAACUUCCUCAGUAAGUUGGAAGUUUUUGGGAUGGCUGUUGAAAUGUAAACGCCAUAGUGUGUGGUUAUCUAGAAUUCUAUGCUGAUUCAUUCAGGGAGAGAUGUUUUGAGAGACCGGAAAUGGAGGCUUCUCUUGAUCCCAAUAUGGUUGAGAUGCUGCAAAUGCCUUUCCAGGGGGAAGAGAUUAGAAGGGCAAUCGUGGAGUGUAAUGGAGAUAAGGCACUAGGUCCUGAUAAAUUUACGUUUAAAAUUUUCACGAGAAUUGGAGAUUGUUAGCAAUGACCUUCUAAAGGAGUUCCAGAGUAGGGGGCAAGUUUGUAGAUAAUCUUAAUUGUACAUUCUUAAUUCUCAUUCCUAAGGAGCCUGGUGCGCCAAAUGUUAAGGAUUUUCAGCCUAUAAGCUUGGUCGGUAGCAUCUAUAAGAUUUUUGCCAUAGUUCUUGCUGGUCAUUUGAAAAGGUUCUAGCUCACCUGGUGGGAUCUUUUCAAGAUCGUUUUGUGGAAGCUCGUCAAAUAUUGGAUGCUAUUCUUACUGCCAAUGGUCUUGAGGAAAGAAAAGCAGGAGUGCUUUGCAAAUUGGACAUGGAGGAGGCCUAUGAUCAGGGAUCAUGGGAGUAAUGUAUGUGUAAAGAAGAAUGUAUUUCUUCUUUUGUUGUUUGUGUUGGUGAACAACGGUGGAGAUGGAUUUCGAAAUGCAUUUCUUCACUGAUUUUCUUGGUUAUGGCGAAUGGCAGUCCAAGAGGUCUCUUCAAGUAUUCUACAGAUUUAAGGCAGUCCUCUGUCACUUUUGUUGUUUGUGUUUGGUUUCGAAAGUGCUGAGCAAGAUGCUGAUUAAAGCUACUGACGAAGGUUAGAUUGGUGGUUUCACAAUUGACAAUGCUUGUAAUGAAGAUUCCAUAUCUCUUUUUUCAUUUGCGGAUGAUGUCAUAUUUUUCUUGGAGGAUGACAUCAAACAAAUUUUACACUUAGAGGCAUACUGUUAUGUUUUGAGGCUGUCUCAGGACUGAAAGUGAAUUUGGGAAAAGAAAGAAAUAAUUCCUGUGGGCGAGAAUGUAAAUUUGCAAGAAAUGUCUGGGAGUAGUGGUUGCAGCUGGGAUGCACUUACAAAGCCAAAGCUGCGUGUAAUCUGAUGAUACAAAGAUUUGAGAAGAGUUUAAGUAGGUGGAAGAUGGCUUAUAUGUCCAUGGGAUGUAGACUUAUGUAGAUGAAGCUUGCACUUUUUAAUCUUCUGGUUUACUUUAUUUCUUUGUUUCCAAUCCCUAUUUCAGUGGCAAAAAGACUCAAGAGCAUGCAAAAAAAGUUUCUUCAGGGACACUGGGAUGAUAAUCUGGGAUUUCGGGAUGAUAAUCCGGGAUUUCGUUUAGUUGAUAGGAGUAUUGUAACACAAGCAAUUUCUAAUGGGGGAGUUUGGGGUAAAGUCAUUGGUUCUUGUAUGUAAAGCUUUGCUUUGACAAUGAUUUUGGAGAUUUAAUGGGGAGAAAACUAGCCCUUGGCGGAUGGCACUAGUUGCAAAAUUUGGUUUGGAAGAUUCAGAGUGGAUAACAAAGCCUAGUCGAGGAGCACAUGGGGUCGGGCUUCAGAAGCACAUUAGAUUGGAGACUUUGCUGAGACAUCAUCCUGUUUCUAAUCGAGAAGGUUUUCAAGAACUCAAUAAAAUUGCCUUGAGGAUUGAGGGAAAUUUUUACACUGCUGCAACAAGCCAGUCCGAUUAUUUAAGGAAGAUAUCUUUGAAGAUGUUGACAAUGGAGACAAAGGCUCAGAAUACCAGACCUUAUGCGCUGCCAUCUAACACUGCUGGGAAUAGCUGUGAGGACUCGGCAGGCAAAGGCAAAAUCUUGAAGACUCCUCUAUCCAUGGCCAGUAUCAACAAUGGACUUCGCCAUCAGAAACGUGCACGAUUACCUCCUUCCAAUCAAAAUGAAACCCAGAAUCCAGUGGAUUACAUCAGCAAAUUGCCCAAUGACAUAAUCGUUCAUAUUUUCUCCUUCUUGACUACAAAAGAUGCCGUCAAAACUAGCGUCUUGUCCAAGCAAUGGCGUUCCACUUGGACCUCUAAUCAGUACAUGAGUUUCUCUCUGCCCCCUGGCAGUAGCUCGAAUCUGAAGAGCUUCAUUGCUUUUGUCGACUCAGUGCUGUUACGCUGCACUGCAGUUCAGGUGAAAAGAUUCCUCUUUGAUGCUCCUUGUCAUGCCUUCAUGCAGUCGAGUCUUGAUACGUGGCUCGAGUUUGCUAUCAAGCAUGACGUCGAAGAGGUAUCGAUAACCCCACAUUAUUGGCGUUACAACAUUUAUGCAUUGCCGCAAAUCUUGUUCCUCUGCACCACGCUAGUGAGUUUGUGCGUGUCCCAAUGCUGUUUUUCGGUGUUAAGUGCUGUGAAUUGGUGUUCGCUGAAGAUAUUGCGCAUUGAAUAUGCGGAGUUAAACGAUGAGGGAAUGGUGAGAGUUUUUAGUGGCAGCCCUGUUCUAGAGUUCCUUGAGUUGAAAAGUUGCCGGGGCGUCAAGCACAUAAUGGUUGAAUCAAAAAGCUUUAGAGAGUUGGUGAUUGAUUCUCAUGAGUUUCGUCCUGAUCAAGGUUUGAUGUUGAAAAUUUGGGCUCCUCAUCUUCUCAAAUUGCGCCUAUUGGGCAAUUCUCAGGGGGGAGACUUCAGUCUAGAUGAAGUAUCUUCCUUGAUUGAGGCUGAGUUAAAUUUCGAAAUGGAAAGUUUCGCACUCGACAAGGUUAAGGCUCAUGGGGAUCUUGUCAUGGGGCUUCUCAAGAGGCUGCAUCAUGUGACGAAAUUAGUGAUGGGGAGCUGGUGCCUUCAGGUGCUGUCGUUGAUGGAGGUGAGAGAAGUGUUUCUUCCAUCCUUACAAUGUCAGCAUCUGAUAUUACUCGGCACAGCAGACCACGAGGGAGUUCCAGCUAUAGUGAAAAUACUCGAAAGCACGCGGCACUUGGAGAAGUUAUUCUUACAAACGAUUCACACACUCAAUUCUGCGGUUAAGUUCAAUGCGGAGGGUGUAGGCCGUCACAACUCUGCUGGAGAAGAAUUUUGGAAUUCUGCAAAGUGGAGGAUCCACCAGUGUUUGAUCCAUCUCAAGCAGGUUGAGAUUGUUGAUCGCGGUGCCAAUUUGCUGUUAUGGGAAUCUGUUCUUUCCCUUCUCAAGUUUCUCCUCCAGAAUGCACUACUGUCUGGACAAAAUAUUGAUCAAUAGUACCAAUUCCGAAUCAUCCCAAGCAGUUGAAGUGGCCCGGAUUCUUCUGUCGCACCCAAAGUGUUGUCCAAGCACGGAGGUCGUUCUUAGAUGUCCUUCCCAAGGAUGUCCGUCUAAACGUGUGCCUUUAUCCUGAUCAUUUCAUCACCAUCGGCGACUUCUCUUUCUCGGUUUUGUAUUUUAGCUUAACAUUUACAGGAGAUGUGAUUGAAUGCAACGACCAGCGAAAAAUUUGAAAUAAAAAUUCCCUUUCUGUUUGUUUAAA